ACAUCGCACCACUGCGGUAGGAGCGCGGAGGCAGCAGAAGAGGAGUGCCCAGCAGGCACAGUCCACUUAUUCCUGCAGGACAAAAUCCAGGUGGCGAGUCUCUUUCUUUCUCUUAUUUCUCUCUCUCUCUCUUUCUUUCUCUCUGCCGACUUUAUCAUAGCAGAAGACUUUACCUGAGAGGACAUAGUCUACAGCAACAGCUCUCAGGGUAACCCUACAGCCCAGCCAGAACGAAGGAAGGAGAAGUUUGGGCUGUCGCCACGCGAUUUUAUCCACAGCUCCGUAACCUUGGAAGUCAGACCUGAUUAUUGUAAGAGGAUGGGACCGCUACUCCUUUCCGUCGCCCUGUGCUUGAGCGCCGCUGUCCCACAGCGUGUGAAAGCAGCAGAUGGUGAGGAACCAACUUCAGCAGGUCCUUGCCAUCCAAACCCUUGCCACAACAGAGGAACAUGUGAGAUCAGUGAGACCUACAGGGGUGAUACCUUCAUUGGUUAUGUGUGCAAGUGUCCACCAGGUUUUAGUGGAGUUCACUGCCAACACAAUAUUAACGAAUGCGAAAGGAACCCAUGUAAGAAUGGGGGCAUUUGCACAGAUCUGGUUGCCAACUAUUCCUGUGAUUGUCCAGGAGAAUACAUGGGGAGGAACUGCCAAUCCAAAUGCUCUGGCCCACUGGGCAUGGAGGGCGGUAUAAUCUCCAACCAACAGAUAACAGCCUCUUCUACCCACCGUGCUCUCUUUGGCCUACAGAAGUGGUACCCGUACUUUGCAAGGCUCAACAAGAAGGGCCUGGUCAAUGCCUGGACGGCAGCCGAAAAUGACAGAUGGCCGUGGAUCCAGAUAAACCUGCAGAGGAGAAUGAGGGUCACAGGCCUAAUUACCCAGGGUGCAAAGCGUAUCGGCAGUCCAGAGUACGUCAAGUCUUACAAAGUAGCCUACAGUGACGAUGGGAAGACCUGGAGAACAUACAAAGUCAAGGGCAAAGAUGAGGAUAUGAUUUUCAGAGGAAAUGUCGAUAACAACGCUCCAUCAGCCAACUCCUUCACCCCUCCCAUUGAAGCCCAGUACGUGCGCAUUUACCCCCAAGUCUGCAGGAGGCACUGUACUUUACGCAUGGAGCUGCUCGGAUGUGAGCUAACAGGCUGUUCUGAACCACUGGGCAUGAAGUCAGGCCAUAUCCAGGACUAUCAGGUCACAGCCUCCAGCAUCUUCAGGACACUCAACAUGGAUAUGUUCACUUGGGAGCCUGGGAAAGCCCGUUUAGACAAACAGGGCAAGGUCAAUGCUUGGACAGCUGGUCAUAGUGACCAGUCACAGUGGCUACAGGUGGACUUGCUCGUGCCAACUAAGGUCACAGGUAUCAUCACCCAGGGAGCGAAAGACUUCGGCCAUGUCCAGUUUGUUGGCUCAUAUAAACUUGCUUACAGUAACGAUGGAGAGCACUGGAAUGUAUAUCAAGAUGAGAAACAGGGGAAGGACAAGGUGUUCCAGGGGAACUUUGACAAUGACACGCACAGAAAGAACGUCAUAGACCCGCCUAUCUACGCUCGGUUCGUUCGGAUCCUUCCCUGGUCGUGGUACGGCAGGAUCACUUUGCGUGUAGAAAUACUCGGAUGCACAGAGGAAGAGUAAAGCCCUUUCCUCCGUCUUUCUGCCCAUCACCCCUUGUCCCUCGGCAUACUGGAGUGUUUCGCAAAAUACUUCAGAAAUAAACUGUGCAACCUGUAAAAAGAAAUGGAUUUUUCAAGAAUAUGCGUUGGUUGUGGUGGGUUGCUGUUUGUUCUUUUGUAUAAUUAUUUAAAACCUGCCCCUGCCCUUGUUUGUCUGUUUUGUUUUUCCUAUUUAAAGCGUGAUCUUUGUCUUUUUAUUCCUCUCAAGAUUUGCCAUCCUAUUUGGAAUGAACUUCUAUAAUAUAUAUAUAUAUAUGGGAGGGGUGGGUUUGGGGGCGGUGUCAGAAAGGGAGUCUCCCUGUGGUUUUAACUUGUUGCCAUAGAAGCUAUUGUACAGUGUCACUUUUUAACAAAUAUGUGAAAUCUGUCUGUUGUGCUUCAUUGGACAUGAUUAACUGGCUUCAUACCAUAACUAAACUGUCUGAAGUACCAUGUAGAUGACAUGUUAUCUCAUCAAAUGUGUUUUUACUUUGAAUACUGCACCUCCUCAAGCCAUGCCUUUUCCCUAAUGGACACUGGCAUUACUGCAUCAAUCAAAACACUACUAAAGCUCUUGUAUUAUAUGUAAAAGACUAAGAAAUUGCAUGGUGCGUGAAUUAUAAAUAUAUUAUGAGAAAUCAUUUAAAACCUCCAGCCCUGAGAGCAAAUGGAUUUGAUUUAGAGACCUAUUUUUAUGUGCAUUUUUAAAUAGUUCUGAAACAUUACAACACACUGCAAAAGCUUAAUAAAUAUGACAUAUGUGAGACAAAAAGCAAGCACUGCAGUUUCAAGUGGUACUGCAGCACUGACACUGAGACUUAUAGGUUGUAUGUAGUGGAAAUGUUAGCUCUCAUGAGGCGUUUCUAUUUUUAUUUUAACAUUCAAUUAUUGAUAGACUUAAGAACACUUGCUGUUAUUGUUUGUGUUACAUUUUGCUUUUUUUUUUUUUUUUUUAAAUCUCAGCUGUCAGAUUCAUAAAAUGUGUUUAAUGUCCUUGUGUUGUCUUGAAGAUCUAAGUCAAGUCAAUUAAAAAAGCUCAGGAUAGAUGUUAUCCAUAUUAACUCACAGUGUAUAUUUUUGGCCUCCUGGUUGAAGAUUUCUGUUUUAUUAUUUAAAGAAAAUGCCACAUGAAUGAAAGCAAUUAUUGAAAUCAUCCAUAUAUGCAUAAUUCAGAUUAUGAAAGCCGUUCCUUAAUUUCUUUGACUUGAUAAGUGACAACCUUUAAUUAAUUUCCUCAUCUUCAAAAGAGAGCAAGAUUGCUCAUAUUAAUAUCAUCAUCUCAAACCUGCAGUGACCACAGUAACAGAACAGAGCUCCAAAUUAAAUAUGGAAAGAGACUUUUUUGGUUUAAGCCUUUAUUAAAAUACUGGAAUAAAGUAUAGGAAUAAAAUAUUAAAGUGCUUGUAUGUGUUUCCACAUAACAUGACAGCUGCUCUCUGCAUGUUCAGAUGGUUGCAGGUUGCUAAAUAUAUUUAAAGACUUUAAAAUGGUCAUGAAAUACUAUGUAUGAAGGCUAAUUUACACCAUGGAGUCUUACUCUAAAAUAAAAAAAAAGUCAUAGAUUUAAAAAUGUCUGUGAAGCUGGAUUUUAGAAUAAGUAUUUAAAGAUUUUAGAGAAUGUGUAGCAGCAAAUUGUGCCAGUACAGAACAGGGUGGAGUCAGGCGCAACCGGUGGUUUACUGGACCGACAACCUGGAGCCGAUGCGGUCCCUGCUGUGUUUGAUUUUUCCUCAUCGGGUUGGGUGCGCAGACCGAGCGGCGCAGUCGACUGACAGAGCACAUCUGCACAACGUGGGCUUGUUACCAACUACAUCCAAGCAGUUUACAACAUAACAGAUUACUGCAUGCGCAUCACACCACAAACUUAACGCAGUUUCUUACUGAAGCACAAUCGGGAAUACUAACAUCCUACAAGUUCUAAAAAUUCUAACUUUACACACUUCACAGACAGUGUUAAAUCAGUGAUAGUUUUUUAGAAUAGGGCUCCAGUAUGCCUUUAUACAUGUAGUGUCUCAUGUCCACUGUAAGGUUGUUUUAGCCAACAGGAGGAGCCACAAAGUGAAAACUGCAGUGUAUAUAUAUAUAU